AUGUUCUCCCGCGCUCUUAAACCAGUUGCCGGCGUAGCAGUCCAGAAUGGCGCAAAGAACUUCUCCACCACAUCACAGAAAAACUUUAAAGUGGUUGUGGCGGGUGCAUCGGGCGGUAUCGGCCAGCCUUUGGCGCUGCUGCUGAAGCAGAAUCCCCUGGUGACCAGACUGGCGCUUUACGACAUCGCGCCCGUGACCCCUGGUGUAGCCGUCGACCUUUCACACAUGGACACCCCUGCUCAGGUGACCGGGCACAAGGGUCCAGAGGAGCUCGCGGCAGCUAUUAAAGAUUCCGACUUGGUAGUAAUACCGGCUGGAGUUCCGCGCAAGCCGGGCAUGACCCGCGACGACCUGUUCAACACGAACGCAUCAAUCGUGCGCGACCUGGCGGCCUGCAUCGCCCAGCAGUCGCCCAAGGCCAUCGUAGCGAUCAUCACCAACCCCGUGAACUCAAUGGUGCCGAUCGCCUCGGAGGUCCUCAAGAAGGCCGGAGUGUACGACCCGGCUAGGGUGCUCGGCGUGACGACACUGGACGUGGUGCGCGCAGCCGCCUUCAUCGGCGAGAUCAACGGCGUGGACCCCGGCAAGGUCAGCAUCCCCGUGAUCGGGGGCCACUCGGGGGUCACCAUCAUCCCGCUGCUCAGCCAGAGCAACCCCCCCGUCAAGCUCAGCGACCAGGCCAAGAUCGAGGCGCUCACCAAGAGGAUCCAGGAAGCCGGCACCGAGGUGGUGAAGGCAAAGGCUGGCGGGGGCUCUGCCACCUUGUCGAUGGCGUACGCGGGCGCUCGCCUCGCCGGAGCCGUGCUGAAGGGACUCAAAGGCGAGAGCAACGUAGUCGAAUGUGCGUACGUCAAGUCCGACCUUACGGAGGCGAGCUACUUCGCCAACCCGCUGCUCUUCGGCAAGUGCGGAGUGGAGAAGAACCUAGGCUAUGGCAAGCUGAACGAGUACGAGCAGAAACUCCUCAAGGCCGCCAUCCCCGAGCUCCUGAAGAACAUCAAGACCGGAGAGGAUUUCGCCAAGAAG